AUGGCCUCAAAGGAAAUUCAACAAGUAUUCGCUUCAUACAAGAAGGCAAGAAUUACGUUUGCCAAUAGUGUUGCCGAACUCGUAAAACAACCAAGACAUAUCGAAGCUAUGAUUCAACAAGAAACUGGUGUUCUGGAUUUGCUCCGUCCACUUUUGCUCGAUAGCGAUCCAAGUGUUCAACAAAAUGCUGCUCUUGCAUUGGGAAGAUUGGCCAAUUAUAACCCUCAACUUGCCGAGAAGAUCGUUGCAAGUGAUAUUGUCCCUCAAUUGGUUGCUUCCAUCCUCAAGAAUAAUAAAUACUAUCAAAGACAUGCAGCUUUCGUUCUGCGAGCUAUCGCCAAGCACGGACCAAGAUUAGCACAAGCUGUUGUUGAUUCUGGAUCUGUAGAAGCUUUGGUAAAAUGUUUGGAUGAAUUUGAUCCUUUGGUAAAGGAAUCUGCAGCAUAUGCAAUCGGAAAUAUCUCAAUACAUACACCAGAGUUGGCUCAGAUUUGUGUAGAUCAUGGUUGUGUGGGGUUACUUUUGACUUGUGCCCAACAACCAGAACAAACUCUGAAAAAGGUCGCAAUUUCAUCUCUUGCCAAUAUUUGCAGUCACACUCCUGAGCUAGCUCAAUCUGUAGUUGAUGCUGAAGGUAUUCCAGUUAUAACACCACUCAUUCUCAAUCCAAUGGUAAAGAGACAAGCAUGUCAAUGUCUUGCCUUCAUUGCUAAACAUUCUGUUGAAUUGGCAGAAUUGGUUGUUGAAGGAGAAAUUUUCCCAAAGAUUUUUGCUUUAUUACAAGACCCAGAUGAUGAAAUUGUCAGAAAGAAUGCUGCCUCUUGUAUUAUGCAAGUAUCAAAGCACAAUCCUGAAUUGGCUUCACUAAUUGUCAAUGCUGGUGGUUUACCAGCUAUUGUUGAUUAUAUCAGUAAUGCAGAGGGUGAUAACAAAUUACCAGGUAUUAUGAUUCUAGGAUUUAUUGCUGCCUUCCAAGAAACAAUGGCCACUGCUGUCAUUAAGGCCAAGGCAGUUCAACCACUAGGAAAUUGUUUGUCACCAUCAUAUUCCGAUCACCUUCGUGCAGCUGCUGCAUGGAGUUUGGGACAAAUUGGUAGACACAGUUCAGAACACGCAAAGGCCGUUGCUGAAGCUAAUAUUUUGACACUUUUGAAUGAAUCUUUCCUUGAUGACAAGGCUUCUGAAGACUUGAAGAGUAAGUCAAAGAGAGCCCUCAAAGCAAUUAUACAAAAAUGUACAUAUCUUGAUGCCCUUAAUCCAUUACUUUCUGAAAAGGCCCCAGAAAGUAUUUUGAAAUAUGUUGUCAAGCAAUUUGAAGCUCUUUUACCAGAUGAUGUUGAAGCAAAGAAGAGAUUUGUUCAAUCUAAGGGUCUUCAAAAGUUGCAAUUAAUCAAAACAGAAGAAGAAUCUCUGCAAGAAAGUAUCAAAUUUAUCAACAACCUUUAUCCUGAAGAACUUGUCAAAUAUUACACACCUGGCUAUGAUAAGGAAUUACUACAAAAAAUUGAUGAAAAUCAAUAA